AGGUCACGAGCCCAGCCCCCCUUCCCCAGUAACGGAGCAGGCAGCAACAGCAGCAGAGACGGCAUGACGUGGUGGGAGAGCGUAGUGCCACAAAGCCUGAAGCUGCCUUUCAGAACGAACGCUCAACUCACAGAGCUACGUCCUGUUCAUCUUCCUCCACCCCUGCUGCUUUCACACUCCCCAGCUCUCUUGCAGAAAACACAUUGUCGGCACAGAGCAGAGAGUGAGGGGCUGCUGCGUAAAAAGGGAGGGGGGGGGGAGAGAGAAUGGAAACGAAACGCAACAGAGAAGCACACGGGAGAAGGGUAGUCAGCAUGAGCGGUUGUGAAUCAGAGAGGGGGGGCGAGGAUAAGCAAGGACUGCCACGAAAAAAAUGAAGAGCUGAAGAAAUGAAGACAUGUAAGGCUGUGCAUCACCCACAGAUGGACCCCCUGUACGGACGGUUGCUGUGAUAUACGCGGGAAUGACAAGCAAGGACUGUGAACGGACCCGGAGCUGCAGUUAACCGCCAGCUAUCGAGUCCCAUCACCCUUUGGCCAGAGGCAGUGGCAGCAGCAGCAGCAGCAGCGUUAGCAUUUAAGCCUCUGGGGACAAUGCGCCAAGGCAGAUGGAGAGCUGCAACAGUGGAGCUCUGACACAUACUCUGCACAUACCCAAAUACCCAUGCAUGCGCCUGCAAGAGGAUGCAGUUUCUUAUCUGACUGAGAAACCACCACGUGUCAAAAAAUUCAUCCCCCCAAAAAUCUGUCACCGGUUAGAAAGGAAACAGCUGAGGACCUAAGCCAUGAAGCCUGAACUGUAUGAAGCAGUAGAGGAUGAGCAGAGACCGAGAAGGAAAGUCAAGCCAAGUGUGAGGAUUAUGAAUGAUCAUACUGAGCAAUGAUGGAAACCAGAAAGAGAGAUGUACUCGAAUUCAGGUAGUCACUGGAGGUUCAGCGACAUCUGGCUUGUGAGGAUUUGAUUCACAGUGAUUUACAUGGUCACACCUGCAAAUCGGGGCUAAGCCUACAACGCAAAUCUCUCUGCCUUCAGGUAUAAAGGCUGAAGACUGUCCAAGUGCAUCAGCACAGCCGUUUGCCUUCGGAGCCAUGCAGUGGAGACGACGCCACUGCUGUGCACAUACAGCUAAACUUCUUUAUCUGCUCUCCCUGUUGGGUUUACUGGUCUUCUUGGUCAACCAAGUGUGGCUACCGAGGCUCACGGGCCUGCCGUGGUGGAGGGGCCAUCCUGUGGUGUAUGGAGGCGGUCUACAUACCACUAAAGCCAAAUGGAACACAAGCUCUCACCAUACAACGUGGCGGCUCGUUAUCGUUCCUCAGGCAACUCUCAAGGCUGAUGCUAACGCCAGCUCUCAUGAGAAGGAGGGUGUAAUCUCUCCUCAGGGAGAGCCAGGACUUGACAACACUCUGACAGCUAACACUAGCCAAACAGACGAGGUGACCCUCAGUGGUGAGAUAACACAAGGGCCUUUCCCUUUUAUCAUCAAUGAACAAGACAAAUGCGUUGAGGGCAAACCUGCACCUUUUCUGGUGUUGUUGAUAGCUACUGAGGCGCGGCAGGUAGAGGCGAGGAACGCCAUACGCCAAACCUGGGGGAACGAGAGUGUUGCUCCUCAUCCAGGAUUUAUCAGACUGUUUCUACUGGGAAAAACUGAAGGUGAACUGGGAAUUUUACAGCAAAGAAUGUUGGAAGCAGAGAGUCGUAGACACCAUGAUAUAAUUCAACAGGACUUUCUUGAUACCUACAAGAACCUGACCGUGAAGACACUGAUGGGCAUGAACUGGGUGGCAAUGCACUGUCCACAGGCGAGCUACGUCAUGAAGACAGACAGUGAUAUGUUUGUUAACACAGAGUACCUCAUACAGAAGCUCCUCAGGCCAGAGCUGAAGCCUAAGAAGAACUACUUCACAGGCAAUAACAUGAGGGGCUUUGCACCUAAUCGGAACAAAAACAGCAAAUGGUACAUGUCUCCUGAACUGUACCCAGGAGACAAGUAUCCCACCUUCUGCUCUGGGACAGGCUAUGUGUUCUCUGGAGAUUUGGCCGGGAAAAUCUAUCGAGCAUCCCUCAGCAUCCGCUUUUUGCAUCUGGAGGACGUGUUUGUGGGAAUAUGCCUGGCCAAGCUACGAAUUGAGCCCACGCCACCGCCCAAUGAGUUCCUUUUCAACCACUGGCGCGUGUCUUACUCUAGUUGUAAGUACAGCCAUCUGAUAACUUCACAUGGGUUUCAUCCCAAUGAACUACUGAAAUACUGGCAUCAUCUACAGACCAACAAGCACAACGCCUGCAUCAACUCAAACAAGGAAAGAGCUGGGAGGCCACACUCAAACAGAAUGCAUGUAGAAAAACCACCUUAAGGACUGAAAACUUAAACUGGUGAUCAUCAUAAAGGUUGGGUGGAUCUCUCUGCACAUAUCAAAUAACCAGCUGUGUAAGAACUGAGAUUUGUCCUUCCACUUUAUGAAAACAAAUGAAAAUGUUUGAGUCAGAUCACUGGGAAGUUUAUGAACAGAGUUUCAUCUUUUGUACAAGAAUACGCAGGUGUGUCUGUUUAGCUAAUAAUGUAAUAUCAAUUGUAUAAGUUUUCUAUAAGCACACAUGGUGUCUAAAUUACAGCAGACAGGGUAUGGCACCAUUACAGUUCUUCACAUUGGCAUUAAACAGUCCCUGCAAUCUGAUUAUAGAGAUCAAGACUGAAGCAGACAACAGAUAGAAGGGUCUGCUUUUUAUAACCUUGUGGCUACACUGAACAUAUAACGUAUGCUAGGCCAGGCACGGAAGCAGCAUGUAGGUGAUGGGCAAUACUGUGCAAAAGUUACAGGCAACCUUUAGUGUUGCAAUGUGUGCAUCUUUAUUUUCAACAAGAAAUAUGAAGAAAUAUGUACACAGUAUUGAAUUAAGCAUACACAUAACCACAAAACCAAAAAUCAAACUGAGAAAUAAACAGCUUCAGCAGCUAAAGUCAGUACUUAGUUUACUGUGACCACCAUUUGGAUUAAUUAAAUUUUCAAUUGUCUUGGGUCGACUGUCUGGAUGUUAUCUUAAAUAAUAUUUUUCAUAUUUUUUUCAGAAAUGCAUUUAUGCUUUUAACACUAAGUAUUUGCUGUAUAUUCCACUUGUACAUGUAUUAAUACAAAGACUGAGAAAUGCAUAUGUGUGGUUUUCGGAAGCGAAAUGGGUCAUCUGGACAGUAAAAAGGAUAGAAGACCAUAAAAUCCUCUGGAAUAUUCUGAAGGUGUGCGAUAUAGCACAAGAUUAUUUUACAUCCAGUCAACCCAAGAUAGUUGAAGAUUUACUCAAAGUAAACACUGAUUUUACCAGCAGAAGGUGUUUAGUUCAGAUUUUGUGUCUUUCAAUGUCGUGCACUUAGUUCCUGUUUACUUGUUUUUAGAAAUAGACAUAUGCCCUAUACAACCCUGCAAAAACAAAACUAAAGGCUGCCUAGGACUUUUGCACAGUACUGUACAUGUUCAGAGAAAUGCAGAGUACAUCUACAAAUAGCCUAUUCUUCUAUUUAUAUUUUUAGGCUAAAUGUACAAAGCUGUUUUACUGAGAAACGGGUCAGAGAGUACCUAUAUUUUUUAAAUUAUAACAGAGUAGCAUACAGGAAAUCAGUGGUACACUGGCUGUGUCAGUUCAAGUUCAGCGUAGUAAUCGUUUCCUGUUCCACGCUUUCCUGAGAAUGAAAAGAGCUGUGUUCAAUCAGAUGUCCCCAUGAAUAAUCAAAAAUCUUGAGUUUUAGCAGGAUUUUGAGGUCACUGAAAUUUUUACAAUUCAUCCUUGAAUGCAAGUGAAUGUGAAUUUUCAAGCUGUUCCUAAGAUAUUAUAUUUUUAAAAUAAUGGCGACAGAUGCACCAGUCACCAGACAACCUUAAAAGAGAUAUGCGGACGCAUCUAAAAAACACAGUGUGAUCAAUUGUUUUACUUCUUCUUUCCCAUCACCCUGUCAACAUUGUACCUUUAUCCCUUACAGAGCACUCUAGACUGCAGCUCUGAACUUCCCACAUUUCACAAGUACUGACAAACAUUUCCCAGUGCUUUUCUGGGGGCUUAUAAGCUGAAACCACGACACAAUCAUACAACGACAUCUUGUUUUAUCUGUGACUCAGCCCUACGCUGUACAUGCACUGGUGGUACAAGCAGCUUGGAAAAUACAUUCAAUGAAAAAAACUACUCUGCUAACCAACUGCGUACGUUAGAUUAAACUUAUUCUGACUAAAGAUGGAAGAGUCCGAUCUCAUGGUGAACACAUACAAUCAGCCAACCUCUGAUCAUUUUUUAACAAUUUAUGUCAUCACAAGCAUGCCGUCACAAGCACUGGCAGAAUGUGAUUUCAGAUGCUAGACACCAUCGGUUCAGGGUGAUGAUGCACAUGAUCAAGGCUCAAGUUAAGCAAAGAUCAGCAUUGGAAUCUUUUGCAUUUAGUCAGAACAUGUUUAGUUAGGUGUUCAGUGUAGCCAAAGGAUAAUAUUUUUUGGACUUUAUACUUAUACUAUAUCUAAACUAUAACAAAGGUUGCCAAAUGACAUUUGAUGAUGAUACAUAGAGGCCUUGUUACUUAAGUAUCUACUGUCACAUGACAACGCCAGUGCCAACAAUAAUAUGUUUGGAAUAGAGCAUAAAAAGGUGUGCCAUGUUGAAGAACUUGACUGGAAAUAUGAUGGUGAUUAGGCAGUUUUUGUAUUUACCAAGUGGCAGGCAGCUAAUACCAGAGAAAAUUAUGGUAGAAGAUGGUUCUACCAGGAUGGUCUCAAAAAAGCAGCACGAAAACAAUUUCCUGUCUGAGGUAGUACAAAUUAUAUCUUUACGAUGGAAAAAUGAAACUGACCAAUAUGAUUUUUUCCUCAUGCUUUUAAUGAAAUGAAAAAUGUGAUUAUUAAUACCAACUGAAAUUCUUCAGAAAACAAUAUGUCUACUGUUUAUAUCACCAUGUAGACAAGCUGAUGUUUACACAUUCAAGUAUGUCAAGAUUCAUAACCCAUGUAAACAAGACUUGAACGAAUUUAAUAAAAGACUUUUCUGUGUA